UGCUCGAUGGUCUGGUUGCCUCGGGGAUCAUGCCUGCUUGCUCGUCUCUCAGUAUUCUAGUUGCAUAUUGAGUAUACUGAUUGAUCAGACCAUGUUGGUAAUGUUGUGGAAUGUACAACUCGCUCGAUGAUGUUCUCUGCGUCUGAUAGAUCAUGUUGGACUGCUGUCUGGGCUCACACGUAUAAAAUGUGUUUGAUGUUCUAUGCCCUUAAUACGUGAUUGAAGUUCGAAGCAUCUCAAAGCUGUAUAAAAGGCUCUAUUAUAACUGAUCGUCUCGUCUCCAGCUGAACCGUCUAUCUAUAUCGUUGCCAUUCGGAUCGUUGCACCUUAUCACUUAUAGAUUAACUUCUUGUAUAUAAACUAUUAUUGUUUGCUUGAGCAAGUUUUGCUCUAUACAAAUAAACAUUUUUAUAACUCUAAUUAUAAGACAUAAAAUUUUAAAAUAAAUAUGAUAUUAAGACUAUGUCAAUUAUACCAUUAAUUGGAAUAUAAUCAUAUGAAAUGUAUAUGCGUAUGAUUGUAUAUACUUAAACAUAUAAACAUACAUUUAUACAAACAUAUAAACGAGGUCUGUUUAGGGGAAUAUUGCACCUUUUUCAGUUUCCUUUAAUUUAUAUAUUUUUGUAUAUAAUUUCUGUUGCUUACUUUUUGAACAGACCUCGCAUAUGUUUAUAUGUCUAUUGGUCAUAUGUAAACAAAUAAAUUUUGCCGGCUUGCACUGUUUGUUUGGUUACACCUUUCGUCAUUUUGCAAUGCGAAGUGCAUUCGAUAGGUAGUUGGGUAGGUGAGCUAGCAAGAGAGCAAAGACAUCGAGUACACUAAUUUAUAUAGAACGGAUUAUGGCGCAGACAUUUGGCAAUCCAGCGGGCAGCAGGCAAGGUGGCUUUGCUGCCAUUUACAGUGCAGCCGGCUCCAGCUCCAGCGUUUCCGGCUUCAGUCGCUCGCAAUUCACGUCCCUCUGCGAUGCUAUUGGUCAGAAUAUCACAGCGAUCAACACCAGCAGCAAGCAGCUGGAGAAGCUGUGGAAACUGACUGGCAAGGCAAAAGAUUUGCGUGCGGUGCAAGAGCAGAUCCACAACAUCAAUAGCGAAGCCAAUGAGCGGAUAGAGAACACCAGUCGGGAUGUGAAGCGGCUGCAGGUGAUGUUACGUCACGGCGAUCGCCAGCAGAAGUUGCAGCUGGAGCGGAUCAAAAGUGACUUUCAGCAUGUGCUGGAGAAAUACUCCGCGCAGCAGAGGCGCAACUCGAAGGCUUCGCGACAGAGCUACAAUGCGGCCGUUGCAUCUCAGCGGAAGACUGCCAGCUCGGCCGAAACGGAGCUGCUGCAGCAGCAGCGACAGGAACAAGCGGAACUGGAGAGGGAGCACAACCUGCUCAUCGAGCGCCAGCGGCAAGUGGAACAGCUGGAGGCGGACGUAGUCGAUGUGAAUAUCAUUAUGAAAGAGCUGAGCAGAUUGAUAGGCGAGCAGGGCGACGUGGUGGAUAAAGUGGAAGAACUUGUCGAUGAAUCAGCCGUUAAUGUGGAGGAGGGCCGUGUUGCGCUUGAAAUAGCGGUAGUUAGGCGUAACGCCUCCCGUCGUCGAAUAUUCAUACUACUAUUUAUUGCUUUGAUAGUACUAUCAAUUAUAGCUGGCAUUAUAGUCUGGAAGCGCAUUUAAUGCUUUGCUAUACACACACACACACACACACACUUGUACCCUAAGAGUGUUCCUAAUA